AGUUAACAGGAAGCUCGAUCUCUCACUCCCUCAUUACCCCUUUGUGGCGUCCGCGCGCGCGAGUUUGAGCAGAGAAGAGCAUUCGAAGCAAAACUUUGGCACCUGAGACUCCAACAAUGGCGGCCAACAACAACAGCGGCGAAAUCCUCAUGCUCGAAGCUCCGCCGGAGAAACCCGCCGGUCCUACAUGGCGCGUACCGGCCAACGCCGAAAUCGUCGACGCCUUGCCUUACAUCGAUGACGACUACGCCAACCCGGCGGUCAAGAGAGAGGUCGAUCGGUUGGUCGAGGAAGAGAUGCGACGAAGCUCGAAGAAGCCCUCCGAUUUCCUCAAGGACUUGCCUCCUCCGCCCAAGUCCGACUUCCAGGACCACCCAAUGCUAGCCAGAGAGUACGAGCGCGUGCACGCGGCGAAGCCUCCGGUGAUUCUGGAUUUCAAUCGCGAUAAGUUGGAGGCGCCGCCGGCGAGCAAAAGGAACGACGAUAGCGCUUGGAAGCUGGCUCUUCAGAGAGCUCAGUGCUCUUUGCAGCACCAAGUUAUCAGGUUGGAGAACUUAGACCUGACGGUUAAGUAUGGUCCCGAGGCCUGGAAGCACCACAAUGGACGUUUGGAAGUGCUUUUGUCAAGAAUGCAAAAGUUAGCUCAGGAGCAAUUUGAAAAGAUUGAGACAGUGAAUCGUGAAAGAAAAUAUCAUCAGCAAAACACUGCAUAUGAGCUUAAUGCGCUGUCUACACAAUGGAAGGACCUUUGCCAGAAGAAUAUCGAAAUUCAAGGUGCAUGUGCUCAACUUGAAAACCAUAUAUCAGAGUUGAAAAGAGAAGCAUCAGAGAGAGGAUGGAACUUAGAAGCAAGUGCAGAAAAUGGUUCUUUUCAGAGAUUAGAGUAAGAAGGUACGC